GAACACUAGGCGGAGUAACGUUGUUUGUCGAAGACAAAACACACAAAGAAGAGACGUCUUCUUCUUCGUUGACUGUUUAUUUAGAUCGCCAAUCCGGCUCCUCAUAGCCUAUUUCUGGCGGACAAAUCGGCCAGUCAGUGACGGGUUAUACAAGUGGUCAUACUUUCGGAUCUCUUCUGCCAAGUGCUCUUCUAUUUGGUCCAUAUUCGUUCUUCUAAAUCUUCCGUGAUUUCCGCGUAUUGUGGGGCAUGAAACCGGAAACUAGACUCCGGACGGGAUGUAGAUCUCUGGAGGCCAGUGUCUCUGUGAAGCCUCCGGGGCCAAACAUCUACCUGGGUGAGAGUGUGCUCCUGCAGUGCACAGUGGAGUCCCUCUCUGCUUUUGUGAAGAGCUACUGGUGGUUCAGGUCCAAACCACACAGGGCUCCCACCCCCAGGCACCUGGUCUCUGGUGACAGCUACUUCAUCACAGCGGUAACACAGGAGUACGCCGACAGGUACUGGUGCCAAGCCGAGUGUCAGGAGAACCGGAUUGAGGUUGAGUUAAAGGCCCGGCCAGUCUCGCUUGGAGUGUCAGAGUUGCCCCCUCCCUCGCUCUCUCUGACUCCUGACACCAGACAGAUGUUCAGUGGGGAGUGUUUCACUCUGCAGUGCCUCACAUCUCAGACUAACUCCUCAGAGUGGAAGCUGGUGCAUUUCUCUCCUGACCUAAAAGCAGGGACCUCAAACCUCACCAUUCACUAUUCACCGCCAGGAGAUGGUGACAUCAUUCUGAAGACCCAAGCCUCCCGUGUGUUUACGGAUGACGAUGUCACCUUGUGUUGUCAGUAUCAGAGCGGCAAACACAAACAAACCAGCUUCUUUAAAAACAGAGCCUUGAUUGACUCUAACAGUUCGUCCGGUUCAGACCGAGUCAUAAAGAUGACUCUUAAGAAUGUGACACGGGAAGAUGAAGGCUUCUACAGGUGUGCGUCCCACGACAGUCAGCUGCAGAGUCCAGAGAGCUGGUUAUCAGUGAGACCGGACAGAGGAAACUUCACAUCAGAGGAGACUCCAGCCUCCACUGGUUCCUGGAAAUGGAUCUUUGCUUCAUGUGGGGUUCUACUUCUGAUAGUCAUUCCUUUGACUGUUUGGCUCGUUUGUCACUACAAGUACCAGAAGUUCUGCACUUGGAGCUGCUGGCCAGUUUCCAAACAGGAAGUUCCAGCAGGGGUGCUUCCUGCCACCAAGUUGGAUGUGACAGAGGUGCAGUGGGACCUGUCCUGGAUGGAGAUGUCCAACCUGUUGGAAAAGGAUUCUUAUUGUGGCACUUAAAGGGAAACUCUCUUCUGAAGCCCAGAGAAAGUAUUAACUAUUGGGUCAAACCAAUGAGAAAGCUCAGUCAGUGCUGCAAUUUGUAGUAUUUGAUGGUCACAUGUCAAAAUAGUGCUGCCUGAUAUAUUUUUUAAUUGAAUUAAAUGAGAUGUUUUGGAUUUCUAAGGAUGACUACAUUUGCUGAUGGUGCAGAUUUGAUAGCUUCCAAUACAAAUGUUAUUGUUUCAGUUGUCACAUUUGUCAAUGUCAAUACUUUUUGAAACUAAGAAUCGUAUUGGUUAUAUCUUAUUAUCUUAUCAUUAAUAUAAUUGACUGUUCUAAAUCAUUUUACAUGUAUCAUUUCUCCUGUGUUUGUUCGAGGUUCCAUGUUGUUUGCUCCCUUUGAAUCGUUAUUUGCUAUUUCUUGUCGUCUGAAGUUAUAAAAGUCAUGGAAAUCGUC